CUUAGUACACAAAAUGGUACAUUCCGGUCAGGUUCAAGUUGAAACUUCAAGGGCAGGUUAGACGUAAAGUCAGUGUUACGUAGUUAACGCUGUAGUUCUCUGAGCUAGACGAAGAAUUGAGAGCAUGUUGAGCAGAAUCGGACAUGUUUGCAGGUGUGCUGCAGGCGUGAAUCCCUUCCUGGGCAUUUUGGCUUCCAGACAGAAGCACACACUUCCAGAUCUGCCUUAUGACUACGGUGCACUGGAACCUCACAUUUCAGCUGAGAUCAUGCAGCUUCAUCACAACAAGCACCAUGCAACAUAUGUCAACAACCUUAACGCUACCGAAGAGAAAUAUCAAGAAGCUCUGGCCAAACGUGAUGUAACAACACAAGUGGCCCUUCAGGCAGCACUGAGGUUUAAUGGUGGUGGUCAUGUCAACCACAGCAUCUUCUGGACAAACCUGUCUCCGAAUGGUGGAGGAGAACCACAGGGAGACCUAAUGGAGGCCAUUAAGCAGGACUUUGGCUCAUUCCAAAGAUGAAGGAGAAAAUUACUUCUGCAACUGUGGCGUUCAAGGAUCAGGAUGGGGUGGCUGGGUUUCGAUAAGGAGAAUGGGAGACUGAGAAUUGCAGCAUGUGCAAACCAGGAUCCUCUGCAAGGAACCACUGGUCUCAUUCCACUGCUCGGCAUCGAUGUCUGGGAACAUGCUUACUAUCUCCAGUACAAAAACGUCAGACCCGAUUAUGUUAAAGCCAUAUGGAACAUUAUAAACUGGGAGAAUGUUAGUGAGCGCUUUCUAGCUGCUAAGAAGUCAAACUAGCGCAUCUCACUGGAGGAUAAUACAUCUUCAAAAUGCACAAACAUCUCACCACCUAAUAAUGUCAAGUUCCGUAACCUUUAGUACAAAAGCAGAAUGAAUAGUUGGUCAGAAUUUCUCAGACUUUCAAAUCACUAAAGUGAUGCAAUAUGUGUAAUUAAACAAUUAUUUAAACUAA